AUGCCCAUCGACCGCCAGACCGCAAGCUUGUUUUUAACAUCUUUUGAUGACGUCCUUUUAAACAUGGCUGCCAAAGGUGUCUUUUGCCCUACAACUCCUGCUUCUGUGAUUUAUGCUCAAAGCUGGCAUGUUCCAUCUUCCAAACAUGCAUCAAAAGAUUGUUUUCCGAGUAGAAGCAAUAAUCAUGAAAAAGAUUUCGUUAAUUCGCCGUGGAUUGUAAAACAAAAGAAAGUAAAAGCUUCCGUCAAACCAAAGACACAUUCAUCAUUCAAUCAAUUUUCUCAGUUUAAACACUCGAAGUGGAUUGAGAAUCAUGCUCUUCGAAACUACGAUGUGCUUGAUUCUGUAAAUGAGUUAAAGUUCACAUUGGAAAUGUUCAAAAAACUAACCAAUCAAGUUGAAGAGGUUGAUGAACAACUGAACUCUCGACAAAAGAUUUAUACCUUCAAGCAUUUCAUUACAAAAAACUAUCAUGAAGGCAAGAUAGAGCUAAAGACACCAGAAAUACCUAUGACAAAUGAAGAUCACCAACCUUGCACUAACUUGGAGUUCAGAAAAGAUCAAAAAAGGCAAUUGCCAAUAAGAGAAUGCUUCCAAAAAACUAUCAAAACAAAACCAAAGAAGGGACCAAAUCUCACUGAAAAAGGAUUUUUGACACAAAACUCUUUUCCUGACAAACAGAAUGAGGCAGUAAAUUGUGAUGAAAAUAAGGGAAAUUUUCAAGACUAUGUUACUCAAAUGAAGCAUCUUGAUGAUGAAUGUGCCUCACAAGACAACUUUAGUGAUGCUGACUCCAAAACAAGUAGUAUGUCCAGUGUUUCACAUUCAAGUAAUGAAGAUGUCUACGAUGGACUGAGCUAUAUUGAUCCUGUUUAUUAUACCUUGGAGAUGCAAAAAUAUCAUGAGCAUAGCAAAGAGCAUGAUACUACCAAUGACAGCUACAUUGAUCCAUUUAUUAACAGAUACUUGAUCCUUCGUCAAUUACAAACCGAAACUGUUAAGCAAGAGGUAGCAAUAACCUUUCCGAGAGACCAAAUUCACAAAAAGUUCCAGAAAAAGAACGAUUUAGAAAUUCCAGAAAAUAAGUGUAAAACACAGACAAGGAACAUCAAAAAGCCUAACAAAUAUGUCAUGUGUGAUUCUGGCAUGGCAAAAGAAAUAAAUAAUGGGAAAAGGUACAUUAGGGGUAUGGAAUUUGGUAAAGCUUCACAGAAAACCAAGCAAAGUAAAGAAAACCAAGUCAGCACGACAAAAAAUAAUUCUCAAAAGAAAGGGGGGCACAAUCUAGAAACAGGCAAACGAAGUAAAUCACCAAAGACUAGAAAAGUGCAAAAACAGGUUGAAAGUUGUAAAAUUUAUCCAUCACGCUAUUUGCCCACAGCCAUCACUUAUGACAUAGUAGAAUUGGCCGAAACAUUUGAUCCCCCAUGUAAAGAAAAGAUAAAGAUGAAAAGUAGACCUCUCACUGCAAAAUCCGCUAAACACAAAGGUAUGAUUCCAGGAAAAUCAAGGACAUCUCAAAGACAAUAUUCCCUUACGUCUGGACAAAAUGUGAGAGAGAUAUUAUCAUUUAAACUUUCUAAUAAUAGUCAGGAUUCAAGUGCAAAGUCUGGUAGAAAUGUCAAGCGAUGUGCCAGCUCCAAGUUUUAAAUUCUUUUAGGUACAGGUUAUUUCACUAGUUUAUGGUAGUUCUUAUCAAAAGCAUGAAUCUCUCAUAAAGCGGAAGUGAAUAUUUCAGAAGAAAUAAUAAGGCAAGUUACAUCACUA